AUGUCUGGAUUUGAGAUUGCGGGAAUUGUUCUAGGCGGGUUCCCUAUUCUAAUCAUAGCUGUGGAGUCUUUUGAUGAAACUUUCAAGCGUGUGACAAUAUGGAGGCAAUUCCGUAUAUGUUUCCUGCAAUUCAUUGAUGCUAUCGAUGUUGAAGAGCAAUUGUUCAACGAACUACUUCGCCGGUUUCUACUCUCCGUGGACGUCCCUAGGGAUGAGGUCCACCUUUUUCUUGAGGACAGAAGUUACGAGGGUUGGCACCGCGAAGAGCUCAUUGCGAUCUUCCAUUUGCGUCUUGGUAAGCCUGGAGUCUUACGAAGGCUUCAAAAGCUUGAUCAAGACAGUAGAUUUACUCUUGAUAGAGCCCGCAGCAUACUCGAUAGUAUUCUACCUGCCAGCCCUCAGCAACUUUCAGUAGCAGAAAAUGUUCGCCAAAAGCUGCAUCGAAAUAUUGAGUCGAAGCCUAACUCUACUUCUAACACACGAGCGUCCCAAGUAAAGAAAUCUGGUUCCUCAGACUCACCGUCGUCAUCCAUCCAGGCAUCUUCCACCGUGCUGAAUGAAAUUGAGAUACAUAACCUAUGCGAAACUGUCUACAAUUUUGAUAUCACCUAUAAUUCUUACUUAGGAUACCUACCGGCUGAUCAUUUAGAGCGCCAUGAAUUUCGAGAUAGUGAUGAUAAUGUUACAUCCCGGGCCUUCUAUCGAGAUAAAUUCGUUAGCCUUGAAACUAUUCUUUCCAAGCCCGAUAAAUUCUCUCCCCUCAACCGCUAUGAACGAUAUAAAGUUGCAUACAUACUAGCUUCUCCAUUAUUACAGCUUCAGAAUGCUCCUUGGCUUACUGGCAAUCUGCAAAAGCGCCAUAUCCUCUUUCCAUGCGAUUGGAAUAAGCACAAAGUUCUAAUCGAUCAGCCACAUUUCUCCCACUCCUUCCUCUCCACAAAAUACCAGUACACACCACCAGGACAAAUCCCAAACCUUAAAAGUUCCACCGCCACCAUCAAAAAAUCACUCAACGAUCUCGACAUCGUACUACUCGAGCUAUGUUUCGGGCAACGCAUCGAGGAGCAAUCGAUCCGGCAAGAUUUCCUCGUCGAUGGAAAAGAGCAUGCAAGCACAAACCAUCUCACCGCUCUAGAAUGGGCCGACGCGGUAUAUGAGGAAGAACCAGCAUCGGGACAUGUUAUCAAAUAUUGCAGGUUUUUUAUCUUUGAUGGAAAGGCUGAUUGGGAUAAUCUAAGUUUUACACAAGCUGUGUAUGCAAGUGUUGUUGAGCCGUUGGAGAAGAUAGUCGACAGCUGGCCAAAUGCAUCUUGA